AUGUCUGGAGACAAUUUAUUAUCACAGGUUGGGCAGUGGGGAGAGUACUACUGGCAUCUAGUGGAUAGAGGCCACAGAUGCUGCCAAACAUCCCAUACCGUGCAGGGACAAGCCCCUGCAACAAAUAAUUAUACAACCCCAAAUGUCAAUAACGCUGAGGAAGUUGAGAAGUUCAGUUCUAGGCUAAUGGCUGUGCAGCAGGGCGAAACAGGAACCAGUACAACUUACACAGAUUCUGGAUUCAUUCUGUGUUUGGACCUGCUCAGCAGAAGAGUGGCUGACCGCCUUGUACAAAUGCUGCAGUGCUCCGUGUGGAUACCGCCAGAGGGACUAGGGCCAGGCCGGCCCAUCUGUGUUAGUGUCUGUUUACCUUGUCCCCAGAGGAUAGGGCAAACCAUUACCACCCCCUUGAGCCUCACUUUAGGUCACUGGAGAGACGUUCAGAUUCGAGCUAACAAUCUGUCAGUGGAAAUCAAGAAAAGAAAAUGGCAAACCCUCUGUACUUCUGAAUGGCCCACCUUUAAUGUUGGAUGGCCCAGAGAUGGGACCUUUAAUAUCACUGUUAUAUUACAGGUCAAGGAGCGGAUCUUCAGCCAAGGACCCCAGGGCCACCCGGACCAAGUCCCUUACAUAGUAGUUUGGGAAAGUCUUAUUAAUGACCCCCCUCCCUGGGUCUCUCCUUUCAAUCAUCCUAAGCCUAAGCCCAUUCCAGACCCCAUCCCCCUCCCAACACCCUCUGCUCCCCCUGUUCCCCUAUGUCCCGCCGAACCUCCCAAACCCCCUGUUCCCCUAUGUCCCGCCGAAACUCUUAAACCCCCUGUUCCCCUAUGUCCUGCCCAUCCUUCCAAACCCCCUGUCUCUUCCAACCUAUAUCCAGUUAUUGGUGAUUCUGUCUCUUCCCGGCGUCCUAAGCCAAAGAGGGUUCUUCCUCCUGAUGACUCCCCCUUAAUAGACCUCCUAACUGAGGACCCCCCUCCCUAUCAGCAUCCUCCUCUGCCGGCACAGGCCCCAACUUCCUCAGAUUCUGAGGAGGAACCAGAUAAUCCGCCGGAAGAAUGCCACCCCUCACAAUCCCCAAUAGCUGGUAGACUUAGGGGUCAUAAGGAAGCUAUAAAGGAGGGAUCUUCCAAGCUCCUUCCCUUGCGCCAAGGUGGGGGGGGGGCCGGCAAUCAACUCCAAUACUGGCCCUUUUCAGCCUCAGACUUAUACAAAUGGAAGUCCCAUAACCCCUCCUUCUCACAGGACCCCAUAGCUUUAACCGCUCUGAUAGAGUCCAUCCUAAUCACGCAUCAACCCACUUGGGAUGAUUGCCAACAGCUCUUGCAAACUCUUCUCAUUACAGAGGAGAGACAAAAAGUUUACCUAGAAGCCAGAAAAAAUGUUCCAGGAGACAAUGGAAGACCGACCCAGCUCCCAAACAUGAUAGAUGCCGCUUUUCCCCUGACCCGCCCCGACUGGGAUUUCAACACGGCUGAAGGUAGGACCCACCUAAAUCUUUAUCACCAGUUACUCAUAGCAGGCCUCCAUAAUGCGGGGCGCCGCCCCACCAAUUUGGCCCAGGUGAGACAGGUCACUCAAGGCUCAAAAGAAUCUCCGACCGCCUUCUUAGAAAGACUCAAAGAGGCUUAUCGUAGGUAUACCCCCUUCGAUCCCGAUAGUCAUGAACAGAGAGGAAAUGUGUCCAUGGCCUUCAUUUGGCAGUCAGCACCAGAUAUUAGACAUAAGUUACAGCAGUUGGAGAAUUUACAAGAUUUCUCGUUGCAAGAUUUAUUAAAAGAAGCAGAAAAAAUUUAUAGUAAAAGAGAAACCCAGGAGGAAAAGGAAGAUAGAUUAAGGAAAGAGGCAGAAGAAAAAGAAGACAAAUGAGAGCAUAAGUGAAAUAAAGAACUUAGUAAAAUCUUGGCCGCCGUACUGCAAGGCAAUCAAGGAUUAGAUGCAGUAAAGC